GAGGGAAGGGAAGGGUUACCCGGCACGGCUGCCUGUUAAAGAGGAAUAGCUCGGCUGGCUCCGGAGGAUGAGCAGAAGGAGCUGCUGCAGAUAAAGCACCGGCGAGCCGAGGAUGUGAGCGCGGGCUUGCAGCGGGGACCCCGAUGGUCGCCGGCCCCCCGAGCCCCCCGGCGACCCCCGUGCGCCCUCAGCCUCUCUCCUCUGCCGGGCUUCGAUGACCAUCGGCAGCAGCAUGAGCAGCGGGUACUGCAGUUUGGAUGAAGACCUCGAGGAUUGCUUUUUCACGGCAAAAACCUCUUUUUUCCGCAGCGCGCAGAGCAAGGUCCCUGCCAAGAAUGUAACACAAACAGUAGAAGAAGAAAAGCCUGAGCCUCCGACUGUCCAGGAGAUCAAACAGAGGAUUGAAAAGUACAACGCAAAGGUCACCAACUGCCUGUUGAUGAAGCUGAACGACGAUGGGACAUACACAGGUUUCAUCAAAGUGCACUUGAAGCUGCGCCGGCCCGUGACGGUGCCGGCCGGGAUCCGGCCCCAGUCCAUCUACGAUGCCCUCAGGGAGGUGAACCUGGCUGACAUGACGGACAAGAGGACCUCCUUCUACCUGCCCCUGGACGCCAUCAAGCAGCUCCACAUCAGCAGCACGACCACGGUGAGCGAGGUGAUCCAGGGGCUCCUGAAGAAGUUCAUGGUGGUGGAUAAUCCCCAGAAGUUUGCACUUUUCAAGGAGAUGCGGAAGGACGGGCAAGUGCUCUUCCAGAAGCUCCCUCUCACCGAGUACCCCCUGUACCUCCGGCUGCUGGCAGGCCCUGACACAGACGCGCUGAGUUUUGUGCUGAAGGAAAAUGAAACAGGGGAAGUUGAGUGGGAUGCCUUCUCCAUCCCAGAGCUUCAGAACUUCCUGAUGAUCCUGGACAAAGAAGAAAAGGACAAAAUCCAGCAAGUGCACAGGAAGUACGAGAGGUUUAAACAGAGACUGCAACAGACCUUGAAAGAAGCCAGAGGUAAACCUGGAUAACCUUCAGGAGGCACCAGGCACCGGACUAAGCUAGAUACUGUUUUUAAAUGAAAAGACACUUCUCAGGACACCUUAGUCACUCUCCCUUUUCAUCCUUCCAUUAAGGACUGGCUCCCAGCACCCCUAAAGUGAUCCUAUUGCAUUUUCUUCUUCUGAAACCUCUUAUCCCAGGACCAGAGCCAGUCCAAGAACGGGAAGCCUGUUUUAAAGCAGGUCGACGAACCAAACACAGCUGCUGGUUGGCUUUUCAGCUGCACCAUCCCAUGGAGAGGCUCCGUGGAAAAUCCUCGGUGUUAAACCCCACAGGAACAUCUCCUGGCUAAAUGUUUUGAGCAGGGCAAGACUUGCUGUUUGUGGUCCUCCCUCAGCCUGGCUUGUUCCUGUUCAGAGGUGCUCCAGCCCACGUGGCCCAGUUCUGGUUUUGCAAGGAGAGCACAGGAAGCAGCAGAUAAAGGGUUGGAGGUUGUUGCACCAAAUCAUGUGGGUGUUGCAGCUGUAACCAGUGCUGGAUGGACUUGUUCAGGGCUAAGGUAGCCAGGGAAGUGCCAAGUUAUGACACCCAGGCAGCUGCAACACCCAAACAGGCUGUUAGUAAGGAUUAUUGAGACUUGGUAAUAUUAGUUCCUGGAAAAGUCGUUCGUUUUGAUUCUGUUUGACUUCUACUUUUGCAAAGGUGAAUUAAAGCAAAUACCCCUGAUGCUUAGCUGAGUUAAGCCAGUGUUUUAUGAGUUUCCUGCUCUGUAGGAAUUGGGAACCUAUGUUUUAGGAAAUUCUGUUUGAAAAGUGUAAGGAUGACGGUUGGGGCAUAGGCUGAUGGUUCAGUAUGGAAUGUUUAGCAAUACAUCUCCAGCAGGCUAACCCAGGAAAGCUCAAAACCCCUUCACAGUUCAGACUGAUUUUGAGCUGUGAACAGGUCUGGCAGCGAGGCAGAGGAGCUCCAACCAGGCCUGGGGUGUGGAGGUGGCACCAAGAGCGUGUGAGAAAGCCUUAAGACCAGGAGUAAGGGAACUAUUGGCCUCAGAUGCUUUCUGCUCACCCCUCAUCCCGUCCUUCCUCCUUGCCAUCCCUCCUGGCACUGCUGUCCAUGACACCCCAUCCCUGUGCCCCUCUGGGUCCUGUUCUCUCAGUCGGUGCUCACCCAGGGAGGUUCCAGGUUCUGCUCUCUCCGUGCAGUUCGGAGAGGACAGCAGGUCUCUCUCCCAAUCUCAGGGCUCCCACUGGAUGCACACACUGAGCAUCCCUCAGAGAAUUCCUCGAGCUGGAGCCUCAGUUCCUGCCCUCACUCUGACCAGAGUCCUGCUGGUGCUGGUGCCACGGCCGGGCAGCUCCAGGGAUUCCAGUGGGACAGGAUGGGCCCCACGUUUACUCUGUGCUUCCUCCCAAGCACGCUGCACACAGCCAGGGCCAGCCCUCCCUCUGUUUACACAGGACACCACAACAAGGCGUGGGGAAAAGGGAAUGUCAGCGCUGCUGGAUUGGGAUGGAGCAUGGCAAAGGGUUUCCUGUUGACUUGGUGAACAAAGUGUCCCUUUGAGCUCGUGGGCUGCUCUGAUCCCACCUGCAUCGAGCGGGAGGGGAGGCAACAGGUUAUUGGGUAACGUGGAGGAGUCUAAAAUUUACCUCAGUGCCUUUAUUUUUUCUCCCUAAAGUGUGAAAACUUUGCAUUUGGGCUAAGGAGGAACCUGGAAGGGGCUUCUGGCAAGAGGCCUCGUCGCUCCUGCCCCCCCCAGAUACCCAAAGUACUGGUGUGAUGAGGCUGCUUUCGUGUGUAGAGGGACGAGGAACGGUUUUGUUUCUUUCUGGAAGGUGACUGCUUGGGAUUUUGGUUUUUUCUUUUCCAGAUUUAGAGAGUAUGUUUGUUUGUAAACCAUGUGAGAGUAAACUGAGAGUAACUGCAUCUCUUAAAGCCGCUUUCUGCAGCUCCUGUUUUGGUCAGUGGUGAGAGGGUUUUGCUCCCAGGGCAGGAAGGGCCUCCAGCUGUACUGUACUCUACACCCAAUGACCUUUAACAACGUGGUGGCAGCCACAGAGCAGCAAUUUCCAUGCUCUGGGGCUGUUUGUCCAGUUACAAGAAGACUUAUUACUUCACUCUUCACUCGUGAAGCAACUUAAAUAACAUUUUAUCUAGUGCUUUUGAGUCUUGAAAGCACCAUAUAAAUACUUCUGUUCCAUCAAAGGGAAAAACACUGUAAAAAAAAAAAUGCCAUUGGUUCUGAGAAGUAAGAUCCACACGCUUGGAUUUAAAACCGUUUUUAAAUCCCUUUUCUUUCUGGCUGAAAGUUGUGCAGAUUUCUUUUUUUUUCUUUGUUGUUGUUGUUGUUUUUCUACCAGUUUUGGUGACUGCCCCCCCUCUCCCUCCCUGGCCCCCAGCAUGUCUUUGACAGUUUGUAGAAGGCAUGGCUUCUUAUGCAAUCACUGUGGAUGCUGCUGAAAACCUCCUGCCAAGAGGAGGGCUCUUUCUUUUGGGUUCUUUUUCGACAUAAAGGGGUGUCUGAUAGGUCAGUUGAGCUGGUUUUUAGAAGUAUUUGCCCCUUCUCUGCUCAAAAUACUGUUGGCAGUGCCUUUGGUUAGUAAUUGUCUUGCCUAGGUCGUGUGAGUUUAUUUUUCAUGUCUACUGUAAAACAUGUAAAAUACUGUGUAUAGGAUGGAAUAGUAAAGCUUCUAUGGCAAAGUGAAAUGCAUUUUUGCAAUGCUGUAAUUUAUUUUUACUACUCCCUAGUAAUUCUAUGGCAUUUUUAAAAAAUGUCUCACUUUCAGCUUUUUUUGAAGGUUCUGAAACUACUUGUUCAUAUGCAGACAGUGUAAGAGACAAUAAUAAAACUGUCAGUGAUUAAAGAAA